UGUCAGUUAGUUCAAGCUGUUGCAUUGCUACGCAUCUACCUGUCGUUCGUCGUUAACUUGUCGCUCUCCACUCUCCCUUUCAAAAUGAAAAUGCUACUCACGCUGUUGCUCCUCGGAGUGGUGCUGGUUGCUGCCGAAGAAAAAUAUACCACCAAAUAUGAUAACCUUGAUGUGGAUGAAAUUUUGAAAUCGGAUCGACUCUUCACAAACUAUUUCAAAUGUCUGAUUGAGACUGGCAAAUGCACACCCGAGGGACGGGAGCUGAAAAAGUCCCUGCCGGACGCCUUGAAAACAGAGUGCAGCAAGUGCAGUGAAAGGCAGAGGUCCAACACUGACAAAGUCAUUCGGUUCAUUAUCGACAACAAGCCGGAGGAGUGGAAGCAGCUCCAAACCAAGUUCGAUCCCGAGGAUAUUUACAUCAAGCGUUACCGUGCACAGGCAACGAAUGCCGGAAUCAAGAUCUAAUUCUAUUGAUCUACAUAAUUCGAUUGCCAAAAAAUCUAUAAUUGUUGUUAUCUGUUAUUAUAUAUCUAUCUGCUCAUCAAAAUUUUAUAUAUUUCGAUCGUACGCUGAAUAAAGAGAUUCGUUUUGUA